UUAACGGGUCUACGUUUGGGAAACAUUUGACAGGAGCAGUUAGUACAUGGGGUGAAACUGAACACAAAAUAACCUGCGGGUGGUAUAUAAACGGCAGCAAUAUCCUCUCGCAGCUUCUUCUCUCUGAGUCGAUCGCCCAAUUUCCCAAUUCUUGCUCUACGGGGUUUCCGUCAAGCCCUUCACAUAUCUGCUUGGCGACGUGUUUCCUCAUCGACAAUUUAUCCCGAAAAAUCCCUAAUCGAACGAGAACUUUUUCGAUUCCAUAAAAGGUCAGUAUCAAGAUGUUCUCAUUGAGUGCAAGCUUGAUUCCAAGCUCCACCACCCAGCUAGUGAGAUCAGAAGUACAUAAAGGAGGACAAAUCAAGCCUAAUGGUCAUUGUUUGUUGCCUCCUAAACCACUUAGCAUUCAGCCUGCAACAUUUGGAAGACAAACACAAAUUUCACAAUUAAAAUCUGCUGCUUUUAUCUGUGCUUCAGCUUUGAAUGCUAGAUGUGGUGCAGAGCAGACUCAAACAGUCACACGUCAAUCAUCAACAAUCACCAUUGCUCCUGUUCAAGGGAAAGAGAAGUCUCCGGAUCUUGAUGACGGAGGGACUGGAUUUCCUCCACGUGAUGAUGAUGGUGGUGGUGGUGGUGGAGGUGGAGGAGGUGGGUGGUCCGGCGGGUUUUUCUUUUUUGGGUUCCUGGCUUUUCUAGGGUUCUUGAAAGAUCAAGAAAAGGAAGGUGCCUAUGGGGAUGAUAGGUGAAGAUUGCAUAAGAUAUGUGACUAGAUAGUUUCCAUUAAAGGAAUAUAUUUUAUUUGUGAAUUUUAAGGAAAUAUCAAAGGCACGUUGUAUGAAUAAUUUACCCUUUAGCAUUGCCAUUCAUUACUUUUUUUAUUUUUUUUGUAUUGCUUUUGGUUGGAGGGUAGUAAAAUUGAGAAUGGAAUAGAAUGGAGGAUUACAUUGGAGUGGGUCUUAUAAAUUUGGUUGCAAUCUAGGAAUGGAAUGAGUGAUUCCUUAUGGAAUGAGAGGCUGCAUCAGGAAAACAACUUGCUUCAUUUCAUUUUUAUGGGGUUAGAAUAAAACAAAACACUCAAGUCGUA